GGUGGAUGUCGGCGCCGUUCGAAGAGCGCAGCGGGCUGGUGCCCUGCGCCACUCCCUGGGGCCGCUGGUACCAGACCAUGGAGGAGGUCUUCGUCGAGGUGAACGUGCCGCAGGGGACCCGCGCGCGGGAUGUCGAGUGCAGCCUGAAGAUCCGCCACCUGUCACUGGUCGUGGCGGGGAAGGAGGUGCUCGAGGGUAAACUCUUUGAUUCUACAAUAGCUGAUGAAGCAACAUGGACACUAGAGGACCAGAAACUAAUAAGAAUUGUCUUGACGAAAACAAAUCGAGAUGCUGGAAACUGUUGGACUUCUCUGCUGGAGAACGAGUAUGCUGCAAAUCCAUGGGUCCAGGACCAAAUGCAGAGGAAGCUAACAUUAGAAAGGUUCCAAAGAGAGAACCCUGGAUUUGACUUCAGUGGAGCAGAAAUUUCUGGAAACUACAGCAAAGGAGGGCCAGACUUUUCUAGUCUUGAAAGAUAGCUGCGUGCUUUCAGCUGUAUUUCUGUGAACUAAAAGAAAAGUUAUGAAGGACUAUUACGUGGUCAAAGAAUUCAUCUGUGAGACUAGGCUUCGGAAUGUCUUACUGCUUUUUCUGGACAGCUUUAAAUAAUAAAAUAAAGGCUUUUUAAUUGUACUAACAUAUUAAUAAAAAAAAUUAAACACCUGA